AUGGUUAAAAGAAAAGCUAACAUCGGACAAAAAUCCAUAGGCGCAAAAAGAAUUUGUUCUCAUCGUUGCAAUGAGCAACCAUUGGAAAGGGAGGAAAGAUUAAAUAACCAACGAGCAUAUGCCACACGAACUCGCCGUGGUUGUCUUCCAGCAACAACAUCAAUUUAUAAUAUAGCAAGUAUUAACAUUUCAAAUAUAAAUCAGUUUCUGGGUAAUCGAGGAGCUUUUAAUUAUGUAUCCCAAUUUCCAUACUUAAACAACAACAAAAUAGACAUUGGUAAAAUGGAUAAUAUUUGCAAUUUAUGUAAAGCUAAAAAAUGGGCUAAGGAAUGUAAAACCAUGUGCUGUAAUAAUGGCAAAAUAAAGCUUCCAUCUAUUGCCGAACCACCUGAACCUUUAAAAAGUAUAUUGAAUGGAAAUCACCCGUACUCUACAAAUUUUCUACAUAAUUUGAGGUCAUAUAAUACGCUUUUCCAAAUGACGUCUUUUGGAGGAAAAGAAAUUAAAGAAGGCAACUUCAUGCCCACUUUUAAAGUCCAAGGCCAAAUAUACCACCUUAUUGGAAGUUUACUUCCCCAAACAAGCAAUCCAAGCUUCCUUCAAAUAUACUUUAUCUCUGAAGCAGAUCAAAUAUCUUUGCGGCAAAACAUGGGUCCUAAUCUCAAACGGCAAAUCAUAGAAAUACUUCAAGAUCUCUUAAAUACUCAAAAUGUAUAUAUAUCAACUUUCAAGACUACUCUCGAACAUGCACCUCCAAAUUUGUCAGACUUAAAGAUUAUAAUUAAAGCAGAUCAUAAACCUGCAAACGAGCAUAGUGGUCGUUACAAUGCUCCAACAACUAACGAAAUUGCUGUUUUAAUGUUGGAUGAAGACAAAGGUCCUAGAGACAUUGUUCUCCAUGGGCGUGACGGACGUUUACAGCGUGUUUCGGAGCUACAUCGUUCAUAUGAUCCGCUGCAAUACCCUUUAAUGUUUAUUUGCGGUGAAGACGGUUAUUGCAUAGGCAUUCCAACAAUUUUUCCUGCAACCGGUCAAAUCAAUUUAAAUAAAACUGUUUCGUGCAUGCAAUUUUACUCCUAUAGAUUUAUGGUGAGGGAUAAUGAAACAAAUUUUCUGCUUUUAUUUCGCAAGCUUUUCAGUCAGUUUGUUGUUGAUAUGGCCGCCAAAAUGAUAUCAGAGAGACUUAAUUUCAUAAGAACACAUCAGAAAACUCUAAGAGCUGAAAAUUAUAUUCACUUAAGAGAUGCUGUUAACAAUGACGCUAACGUCAACCCUCGGAAUUUAGGUCAACAAAUAAUUUUACCAUCUACUUUUACUGGAUCGCCAAGAUAUUUGCACGAAAAAAAUCAAGACGCAAUGACAUAUGUGAGAAAACAUGGCCGUCCAGAUCUCUUCAUCACGAUGACCUGCAAUCCAGAGUGGCAGGAUAUUAAAACUGAGCUUUUUUCGAGACAGAAAUCUGUUGAUAGACAUGACAUCGUUGCAAGAACAAAAUGCUACAUGUUGACCAUUGAAUGGCAAAAACGAGGUUUGCCACAUGCCCAUAUACUGAUUUGGCUUGCAAGUAAAAUUCAGCCUGAUGAGAUUGAUUCUAUUAUAAGAGCUGAGAUACCUAAUAAGGACGAGGAUCCAUUGUUAUACGAAAUUGUUUGCAAGCACAUGAUACAUGGACCCUGUGGUGACCUUAAUCCCCAAUCUCCAUGCAUGGCUGAUGGUAAAUGUACGAAACGGUACCCACGGUCGUUGAUACACAACACACAAACAGGUGAUGAUGGCUACCCACAAUACCGUCGACGUUCCUUGGAGAAAGGUGGUGAAGUUGCUGUCAUUGGUACAAAGGAAAUAAAUAAUAGUUGGGUUGUGCCAUAUUCUCCUAUUUUAAGUAGAUGUUUUUCAGCGCAUAUCAAUGUAGAAUAUUGCCACUCUGUAAAGGCUAUAAAAUAUUUAACAAAAUACAUAAACAAGGGAAGUGACCAAGCUACUUUUGCAAUAGAAGAUCCAAAGAAUGAGGUAGAAAAAUACUUAAAUGGUCGCUACUUGAGCACUUCAGAAGCGUUCUGGCGAAUAUUUAAAUUUCCUAUUCAUGACCACUAUCCUGCUGUGUAUCAUUUAGCUGUGCACUUAGAAAACGGCCAACGAGUUACCUUCAACGAUGCUAACUUUCAACAAAUAUCACAGAACCCACCUGCAACGACGCUAACAGAAUUUUUUAAACUUUGUAGGAAUGAUAAUUUUGCAAAAACUCUUUUAUAUUGCGAUGUACCCUCUUACUAUACCUGGAAAAACAAACAAUUUUACCGUCGUAAGCAAGGAAAAGUGGUUCCAGAAUAUCCAGGAAUAAAACGAGACGAUACUCUUGGCCGAGUAUACACAAUUCACCCCAAUUCCGGUGAAUGCUUUUUUUUGCGGAUUCUGCUUCACAAUGUUCGUGGUCCAGUAUCUUUUGAAAUGAUCAGAACUGUUAACGGCGAAAUCCAACCAACAUACCAAGCUGCGUGCAAAAAGUUGGGACUUCUCGAAGAUGAUGAACACUGGAAAUACGCUUUGGUUGAUGCCUCCGCAACACAGUCACCACGACAGAUUAGAGAUUUGUUUGCGAUCUUGCUUAUGUUCUGUCAGCCAACUGAACCAAAAAGUUUGUGGGAAGAAUUUAAAGAAAGUAUGUGUGAAGAUAUUUUAUAUCAAGCACGUUCUGAGCAAAGAAAUAACGAGCUCCUAUUUUCUGAUGACAUUUUCAAUCAAGGUUUAAUUUUGAUCGAAGAUAAACUUUUAAUGUUAAGUGAUAAGCGAAUUGAUGAGUAUGGACUUCCAAAACCAACAAGGAUUAACCAAAUGGACUUACAGCAUCAAUAUACAAGAGAAAUCCAAUACGACAAACAAAAUCUACAUCAGUACGUGCAGGAAAAUUUACCAAAACUGGAUUCGGAACAAAAACUUGCUUUCAGCCAAAUAAAAGAAAGUGUAGAUUUACAUAAAGGAAAACUUUUUUUCAUAGACGCGCCUGGAGGUACUGGUAAAACCUUUUUGAUUAAUCUUUUACUAGCGAAAUAUAGAUCAGAAGGUAAGAUUGUUCUUGCCGUCGCCUCUUCUGGGAUUGCAGCAACAUUGCUUAGUGGAGGCAGAACUGCUCACUCUACGUUCAAGCUGCCAAUUAACAUCAUUGCCCAUGAAGAAGCAACAUGCUCUAUUUCAAAAACCACUUCCAUUGCAAAAGUAUUCCAAAAAGCGGACCUUAUCAUUUGGGAUGAAUGUACGAUGAGUAAUCAAGCUCAUAUUGAGGCUGUGAAUAGACUCCUUAAAGAUUUAAGAUCAUCGUCAAGACUUAUGGGUGGAGUCACAAUGGUUUUUUCUGGGGAUUUUAGACAGAUAAUGCCAGUGAUUCCCAAGGGUACUCGAGCCGAUAUUAUCAAAUCUUGCGUUAAGUCGUCUUCUAUUUGGCGAUAUGUACAAAAACUUCAACUUAAAAUCAAUAUGAGAGUAGAGCUUACUAACAACACUGAUACUUCUGAGUUCGCGUCUCUACUUCUAAGAAUUGGUGAUGGAAAACAUACUUUCAUGGGUCCAAAUACAAUUGAAUUAAACGAAAGCUUCGGAAAAAUUGUGUAUAGCACAGAACAACUUAUUCAGUGUGUGUAUGGAGACCUGAACGCGUUAGAAUCAAGACCAUUUUCUUGGUUUUGCGAAAGAGCUAUCGUGUCACCAAAAAACUGUUCAGUGGAUGAAAUAAACAGAUACGUGCUUCAGAAUCUUAAAACGGAGUCGCAUAAAUACAAUGCAAUUGACACUGUGGUUGAUGAUAAUGAUAGUGUGCACUACCCUCAUGAGUUUUUAAAUUCACUCAACCCAGCAGGCCUGCCGCCAUAUCAACUUAAUUUAAAAAUUGGUACACCAAUUAUUCUAAUAAGAAAUCUCAAUCCUCCGAAUCUGUGCAAUGGCACACGACUCCAAAUCAAAAAGCUAUUAAAAAAUAUAAUACAAGUCCAAAUUCUUACCGGACCCGCAGUAGGAAAAUAUGCCCUGAUUCCCCGGAUACCAAUGAUACCAACAGAUCUCCCUUUUCAAUUUAAACGUGUGCAAUUUCCCAUUAAACCAUGCUUUUGUAUGACAAUUAACAAGGCUCAGGGUCAAUCGUUUAAAUUUAUUGGAGUCGACCUUAGGGAAAAUGUCUUCUCUCAUGGUCAGCUUUAUGUUGCUCUUUCCAGGUGUGAAAUCUAA